AUGGCCUCACUGGCUCAUUUCCCAAGGAUGGCGAUCAUUGGUAUGUUCUUCCAAGACGGCCUCACAGGCUCUGCCUGGGGAGAUUGGGCGCUCUACACCGACUCUCCUUUGCGAGCCUUCGAGGAUGAACUUGGCGUGCAGGCCCCAGUGGGAUUCUGGGAUCCCGUGGGCUACACUCGCGAUGGCAACGCCGAGACCUUCCAGCGCCGCAGGGAGACUGAGAUCAAGCACGGCCGCGUGGCCAUGUAUGCCACCAUGGGCUACAUUGUUCCUGAGUACUUCAAGUGGCCAGGAUACCUGUCGCCCUCUUUGGGUUUGAAGUUCGAAGAUGUGCCCAAUGGUUUGGCCGCCAUCACCAAGGUGCCAGGCAACGGCUGGGCACAGAUCGUGGCCUUCGCCGGCUACUACGAGCUCUUCGUCUACAAGUUCAACGGCACCCCAGGUGACUAUGGCUGGAAGGCCAUUAGCUCCGCUGACGCUGAGACCAAGAAGCGCAAGCUCAAUGCUGAACUCGCCAACGGACGUUUGGCCAUGAUGGCCAUCAUCGGCAUGUUCUUCCAAGAUGGCCUCACAGGUUCCGCCUGGGGCGACUGGGCCCUCUACACCGACUCCCCGCUGAGGGCCUUCGAGGAGGAGCUGGGUGUGCAAGCUCCAGUGGGCUUUUGGGAUCCCGUGGGCUACACUCGUGAUGGUAACAUGGAGACCUUCAAGCGCCGCCGCGAGACGGAGAUCAAGCACGGCCGUGUGGCCAUGUACGCCACCAUGGGCUACAUUGUUCCUGAGUACUUCAAGUGGCCAGGAUACCUGUCGCCCUCCUUGGGCUUGAAGUUCGAAGAUGUGCCCAAUGGCUUGGCUGCCAUCGCCAAGGUGCCAGGCAACGGCUGGGCACAGAUCGUGGCCUUCGCCGGCUACUACGAGCUCUUUGUCUACAAGUACAGCGGCACCCCAGGCGACUAUGGCUGGAAGGCCAUCAGCUCUGCGGACGCCGAGACCAAGAAGCGCAAGCUCAGUGCUGAACUCGCCAACGGACGUUUGGCCAUGAUGGCCAUCAUCGGCAUGUUCUUCCAAGAUGGCCUUACAGGUGACUAUGGCUGGAAGGCCAUCAGCUCUGCGGACGCGGAGACCAAGAAGCGCAAGCUCAGCGCGGAACUCGCCAACGGACGUUUGGCCAUGAUGGCAAUCAUUGGGAUGUUCUUCCAAGAUGGCCUUACAGGCUCUGCGUGGGGUGACUGGGCCAACUACACCGACUCCCCGUUGCGCGCCUUUGAGAACGAGACUGGAGUGCAGCCACCCGUGGGAUUCUGGGACCCCUUGGGUCUCUCCGUGAGCGGCAACCAAUCUGACUACAAGCGCCGUCGCGAAGUUGAGCUGAAGCAUGGACGUGUUGCCAUGUUCGCGACCAUUGGUUACAUCUUGCCUGAGUACUGGAGGUUCCCCGGAUAUUUGUCCAAGUUCCUGGACAUCAAGUUCGCCGACGUGCCCAACGGCCUAGCGGCCUUCUCCAAGGUGCCUGCGCUGGGCUGGCUGCAGAUUGUGGGCUUUGCCGGUAUCGUAGAGCUCAACGUGUACAACGAGGAGGUCAAUGGCGAGCCAGGGAACUAUGGCUCUGGCUUCCUCGGACUCCGGUCCGUGGGCGUGAUGAACUCGGGCAUCUCUGACCCGGAGAUCCGCAAGAAGAAGCUCAACGCUGAGUUGGCCAACGGACGCCUGGCAAUGAUGGCCAUCAUCGGCAUGUUCUUCCAGGAUGGCUUGACCGGCUCCGCCUGGGGUGACUGGGCCAACUACACUGAUUCGCCCUUGCGGGCCUUCGAAGGCGAGUUGGGCGUGCAGCCACCCGUGGGCUUCUGGGACCCCUUGGGCCUCUCCGCGGAUGGUGACCUUGACGUCUUCAAGCGACGCCGUGAGGUCGAGAUCAAGCACGGCCGCAUUGCCAUGUACGCCUGCAUGGGUUACAUCGUGCCCGAGUACUUCCGCUUUCCUGGGGAUUUGUCUCCCAAGAUGGGCUUGAGCUUUGAAUCGAUUCCCAACGGCUUAGCAGCACUGACCAAAGUGCCAGGACAGGGCUGGGCUCAGAUCGUUGCCUUCCUGGGAACCUAUGAGCUCUUCAUUAACAAGCCAGUGGGCGAUGAGCCUGGCAACUACGGCAAGGGCAACCUGGGCUUGGGCUUCUUUCCCUCCGUGGCAGACCCUGAGGUCCGCAAGAAGAAGCUCUCGGCCGAGUUGGCCAACGGACGUUUGGCCAUGAUGGCCAUCAUCGGCAUGUUCUUCCAGGACGGCCUCACGGGCUCUGCUUGGGGCGACUGGGCCAACUACACGGACUCCCCGCUGAGGGCCUUCGAGGGAGAGCUGGGCGUUCAAGCGCCCGUGGGCUUUUGGGAUCCCUUGGGCCUGUCCGCCGACGGCGACGUCGAGACCUUCAAGCGCCGACGUGCGGUGGAGCUGAAGCAUGGGCGCAUUUGCAUGUUGGCCUGCGUUGGCUACAUUGUCCCUGAGUACUUCCGUUGGCCUGGCUACCUCUCUCCCGAGAAGGGCAUCAAGUUCGCAGACAUGCCUCACGGCAUCGCGGCCAUUGGCAAGGUGCCCUUGGAGGGUUGGGUGCAGAUCGCUCUCUUCUUGGGCUACGGAUUCCUGGGCGUCGGCAAGAACUUCAUCUUCAACUUUGAACCCAUCAUCUUCAAGGAUGCGGAGGUGAAACAGACCAAGUUGCGCGCGGAGUUGGCGAACGGACGAUUGGCCAUGGUGGCUUUGCCACUCGGAGAGCUUGGGAGAGGGUUGAGGGAGGAUGGCGAUGCUCUUUCAGAAGAAGAGACGCUGGAUUUGCCUGCUGAAGUGGAGGUCCAACGAGACCCGGAGCAUGAGACGCGGAGCAUGACGAGACGGGAGAAGCCAACAACGCGGCUGUACACUUUGCGUGGUUUGCGUGGAGAAUGAUAGCUGCAUGGAUUCAUAAAGACUGGCAUCCAAGCCAAUAUGCUUUGAGCCACUUCAAUGCUUGCUGAUGACUUCUUGCCGGAGCUGCUCUAUGUCACAUCAGGGUCCUUAGUGGGUUUGAAGGUUUGAUCACAGCCUUGACUUGGAACGUAUUCCCUUUCUUGGGGCAAAGGUUGUGAUAGCUGAUGUUUUCUUCAGCUUGGAGCUGCCAAGGAUGUACCCGUUUUGGGCCCUUGAGCAGUUUUUAUUAAAACAAAGUACCAUUGAAGGUAGACAUGGUGCACAAUAGGUCUUUUGCUGGUGUGGUCCUUGCUGCUUCAAUUUGUUUGCAUGGCUGUAAAUUUUAAAUGCCAAUAGGUUGCAGUUAGAGUUAUAGAUGUUCGUACAGUCAGGGCCAGAGACAGUUAUACACAGACUUUGGGGCAAAACAGGGAGUAUCUAAACAACAGUCUGGCC